AUGGCCACAUACGAAGGUCAAUUAGAUGGCUUAACAGCCGGAAUCACGUCGUCACGCAAGCCCAUAAUAAUAUCCGGGGAUUUUAACGCGCGCUCAGUACAAUGGGGUUCGGAUCGUACCGAUGCGCGCGGGUAUAGAUUGCUUCGCGUCUUCGAGCAGACGGGUCUAAUACCCGUAAACAGCAAAGGAGGCCCCUCAUUCGUCAGAAAUCACCAACAAUCGCGGAUAGAUGCAAUGGCGUGUAGUCGUACCUUAAGAUCUCGUCUAAAGAACUCAUUCGUGUCCAGUAAAUACACCGGUUCUGAUCACAACUAUCUAUUACAUCGUUUUUCCGCGACAAACACCUUCGAGUCCUCCUCAAUGAAUUCAGCCUGGAAUACACAGUAUGGCCCUCCCGACAAAGAAGCGUGGAUUUCAAUAAUUAAGAGCAAUCUGUCCCUUCCACCGGAAACUGAACUCUGGAUUCGCGAACAACCAAUUUUCGUAUUUGAUAAUACCGCUAGUAUAGAUGCCGCCAUCGCAGAACUAGAAUCGUGGUAUGACACGGCGCGAAUACCAAAAUCCAACAAUUCCACCAGGAAGCGAAGGUACGUGACCUGGUGGAAUAAAGAAAUAUCAAAACUAAGAUUGAACGCCGCGAGGUCGCAAGCAAAAUGGCGUCGUACCGUCACCCGUAUGUCGAACAGUAGUAGUAAUAUAUUAAUAAAUCCAGGACACCCAUUACACCAGAACAUGGUAUCCGAUCGUCGCGCGUUGGUCAAAGCAAUCCGUCAAGGCAAAGAUGCCUCGUGGACCGAGAUGAUAAAUGAAGUAGCUCGCGAUCCAUGGGGAAAACCAUAUAAGAGAGUAAUGAAUCGAUUAAAAGGGAAGACCCCUCUGAUGCGUUUGAAUGAAACUGAAUUCCGAUCCGCCGUGUCUCAGUUAUUCGUGACUAAUCCCCCCGCAGCACCCACAGCCGAGUUAGCCCAUUCACCCACCCCACCACCACCCAGCCCCGCAGCCCAUAAUGCCAGGCCAGCCAGCGGGUCAAUCCGUCCCCCAACCGCCCAAAGCCGGUCGCUUAGCCCCCAGCCCGGCCCCAGCUACUACAACCCAGGCCAGCCCGCCUUUACAGGCUUACCCAUCCCUCAUUCAAUAAACCAACCGGAAGCAACAACUAGUACACGCCCUGCCCAACAAUUCGCGGGACCGUUUCCCGACGCAGUCCAGGAUCCUCGUAUACCUUUCCCAUUCAGCGCCCGUGAUGCAGCCGCAGCCCUUGCCAAGGUAUCCCGAGGGAAAGCACCCGGACGCGACGGAAUAACCGGGGAGGCCCUUCGUCCAAUAUUGAAAUUUGCCCCUGAAUGGGUACGCGAUUUAUUUAACGCAUGCUAUCGGCUAGGAUAUUUCCCAGAUUCCUGGAAGGUUGGCCGAUUGGUCCUCAUUCCCAAGCCCGGGAAGCCCUUCAAUUCAUAUUCAGACCUGCGUCCCCUCUGCAUGCUAUCAAAUCUCGGCAAGGGUUUUGAAUAUGCCCUACGCGAACUUCUGGAAGAGGCUGUUAAAAAUUCCGGAGAUUUAUCCCCUCGGCAAUACGGUUUUCGCAAAAAGCGAUCAACCAUGCAAGCAAUGAAAGUAGUAAUUACCGAAUGGGACCGUGCCCGUAAUUUUGGGAAUCAUUGCCUACUGAUAGGUUUAGAUGUAAAAAACGCAUUUAACACUGUCCGCUGGGAGAAUAUAAUAUUAGCAGCACGCCGUCGCAACUUCCCUCCCCUGUUAAUAGCAAUGCUGCAAAAUUACCUCAGCAACCGAUUCAUAGGCACCACUAUGCCAGAUGGCUCGUGGAUAGAGCAAGAGGUUUUCGCUGGUGUCCCGCAGGGAUCAGUUCUAGGACCCUUCCUAUGGAAUUUAGCUUACGAUUCGAUACUGGAAGUUAUAUUACCUCGUAACGUGACUACCAUCGCCUUCGCGGACGACCUUGCUCUGAUAAUUAUAGCAACCUUAAACGAGAUACGCGAAAUAGCCGAAGAGGCACUCCGAAGACUCGGUGCAUGGUACCUCCAAAACGGAUUAACCCUAGCAACUCAUAAAACCGAGGCCAUCCUCCUGACCGGUCGCAGAAUACCCGCCGGUCUGCUCCUGCAACACGAAUCGUCCGUAAUAAAGACCAUAUCCUCAAUGCGGUACUUAGGCGUGUUAUUCAAUAACAACCGAACAUUCCGUAGCCAUUUGACAAGGGUCACCGAUAGAGCCACCAAGAUAAGCAAAAGGAUAAAAGACAAACAGCGCCUGUACAUGUUGAGCAAUAAGAUGAACAACUAA